GCUGGAUGCCACAGUUUCCUGAAUGGCAACAUUGAUUUGUGGGCUCACCUUGCAAGUCGUCCUCUCCCACACCUGGAGGCUGCUGCGCCAUUUAAGACGCUGACUCCGAGUCUUCCUGGGAAACGCCAAGGAGACCCACCUGGAGGAACAUCAACUGCAAGAAAGACAUUGCCAAGUGAGCUCCAUCCCUUCAGCCUUUUGGAUUUAGACCAGUUCCUGGUCCAAAGGAGGGGACCCAUCAUCCACGAUAUGGAAGCCGUUGUCUUGCUGCUCCUGGGACUCAUCCUCCCCGCCGUUCCCCAUCUUGCGUCUGGGAUCCCUGUGCAGCCGCAUUUUGACUACAAGAAGUUGGCAGGGCUUUGGCAUCGCCUUGCCAUGGUGGCAAAGGGAGAAGACCAGUUCAUCAUAGGACCUGAAAUCCAGAUUUCGCCCAUGCGGAAAGGAGACCUCUCCGUGGGAAUGAACUUCAUUGUGAGACUCGCCUGCCGGUUUAUUGAUUUCCGGUAUAGAAACGCUGGCCAACCUGGAGUAUUCAAUGUUUAUCAUGCAAACGGGGACCUGAGCACGAUCCACGUUGUGGACACGGAUUACAACGGCCACCUGGUCCUUCACACCGAAACCGCAGGCAACUCUGCCCUGUCUCUCUUUGUCAGGGGAUCGGACGCGCCGGAGAGCCUGAAGAAAAUGUUUGAGGAUUACGUCAGAUCGCUGGGAUUCUCCAAAACGGAUAUCAAGUACCAAAGUCAAGAUGAGCAAUGUCCGCUUUCUCGGCCGCGGCCAAAGAAGAAUCAGAGAUGAGAUUUGCAACCCUUUCGCCUCUGGAUGCAGAUGGCCAGAAAAUAUAUCUCUAUAUAUCUCUAUGUAUAUAUUAAUGUAUAAUUUUACAAUCAAG